UCACCAGAUACAAAUGGUGGCUUCCGUUCUAUUUCCUCAGUCUCUUCCAAUUCGAAUGGCUUUACCCGAUAUUUCCUGCACAUCUUCAAGAAAAACCAGCUCUAGCCACCGUGAAGUUCCGAUAUCCCCCACCAUGAACAUUUCCAAUAGCUGGGCGGAGGAGCUGAGGUCCAAGUCGCUGAAAUCGGCAAUUUCCGGCGCUCUUGUUCUCGGAAUCUUUCUCACUGGUUCCAGAUCUGUUGAUGCAAAAGUUGGGGUUAACAAACCAGAAUUGCUGCCGAAAGAGUUUAGCACCAUUGUUGAUGUUGCUGGAUUUCUCUCUGCAGGCCAGGAGAAUCGAAUUCGUCAAGAGAUUGCAGAUCUUGAAAAGGAUACAGGAUUUAAGCUCCGACUCCUUACACAAAAUUAUCCCGAAACACCAGGAUUAGCAAUUAGAGACUUCUGGCAAGUCGAUGACAGAACAAUUGUCUUUGUUGCUGAUCCCACCUUUGGUAAUAUAUUGAAUUUCAAUGUCGGUGCCACCGUUGAUUUGGACAUACCAAGAAGCUUUUGGAGUCGCUUAGCUGGGAAAUAUGGCAACAUAUUUUACUGGAAAGAAAAGGGUGAAGAUGCAUCCGUUGAAGCUGCGGUGAAGGCAAUAGCAAGUUGUUUGAGAGAACCUGUUGGAAGAAACAACUGUUCAGAGGUGAGCUAACACUUCCU